AUGGCUUCCAAUUUUAAUGACAUAGUGAAGCAAGGGUAUGUAAAGAUUAGGAGCAGACGUUUAGGUAUUUAUCAGAGAUGCUGGUUAGUAUUCAAGAAAGCUUCAAGCAAAGGGCCAAAACGACUGGAAAAGUUUUCAGAUGAGCGUGCCGCCUAUUUUAGGUGCUAUCACAAGGUCACGGAACUCAAUAAUGUGAAGAAUAUAUUACGACUGCCAAAAAGCACGAAGAAACAUGCUGUAGGCAUUUAUUUUAAUGACGACACGUCCAAAACCUUUGCUUGUGAAUCAGAUUUUCUGGGCAUUUAUACAGAACUCGAGGCGGAUGAGUGGUGCAAAGUGCUGCAGAUGGAAUGCCUAGGAACUCAGAUUAAUGACAUAAGCCUUGGAGAGCCUGACUUGUUGGCAUCUGGUGUAGAAAGGGAGCAGAGUGAGAGAUUCAAUGUGUAUUUAAUGCCAUCCCCUAAUUUAGAGGUGCAUGGGGAAUGUACCUUGCAGAUAACAUUUGAGCAUAUCUGUCUUUGGGAUAUCCAGAAUCCCAGAGUAAAACUCAUCUCUUGGCCAUUAAGUGCCCUCCGGCGGUAUGGACGAGACCCAACUUGGUUUACGUUUGAAGCAGGGAGGAUGUGUGACACUGGGGAAGGACUAUUCAUCUUUCAGACAAGAGAUGGGGAGGCGAUCUAUCAGAAGGUUCACUCAGCUGCUUUGGCCAUAGCAGAACAACAUGAGCGCUUAUUACAGAGUGUGAAAAAUUCAGUGCUUCAAAUGAAAAUGAGUGAGCGAGCCGUCUCCCUCAACACCAUAGUGCCCUUGCCUCGGAGUGCCUACUGGCAGCACAUUACACGGCAACACAGUACGGGACAGCUCUACGGCCUACAAGAUGUUUCAAGCCCCCUGAAGCUUCAUCGAACAGACACUUUCCCCACUUACAGAUCAGAGCAUUGAUAAAAGACUGUAAAGGAUUUGAAAACUCUCUCUGUCUUGUGACAGUUUGGCCCAGCGGAUAAUAAUGAUGGCGGCAAGCAAACAAAGGUGGAAAUACAGAAAAAGUCAGCUUGGAUUGAAUUAAGUCCUUGAAUAAUUUUUUUUUUUAACCUUGGCAAGAAAGGAAUGUGUUCUGUAGAUAUUUCAAAAAAUGCCAAACCAACUAUCACACGUUUAUUUAAUACUUUACACCUGGAGGGGACAGAAAUCAGCCCCUAAAUGUUCCUGAAUGUUUUUAUAUGAUAGAUAUAUGUUGCAAAUAUAUGAAUUUGUCUUAUGAUGUGGGGUACUGUGAUACCACUUAGUCUGUUUCCGCAGUGUGUUUGUUGAUGUCAGCUGUGCCAGCAAUCUCAUGGUUCCUGUUUGUUGUAACUCUUACCCUUUAGUUGCUAACAUUAUUGGUUAAGACUAAUCUUUUACCAUAGUACUUUCAGAAAUGAUGGCCAGCUUUAAGCAGCAAUUGGAUCUGUUUUUCCUGUGCUAAGUCUCCUUGAGUCCUGAUAGACUUUUAAAAAGACACUGUCAAAGUUUCUUUAAUUUUUCCAUGUUUAUUUCCAACUCUGUGGUGUUUAAAAAUAAA